ACAAUAACUGUAACUCAUAAGUAAUGAGUAAUUUAUUACAUUUUUCAUGGAACUUGUCCAAUGCUGAUCAUCAGUGGUUUCUAACCUCUGUCAAUAUGUCUCACAUUGCUUUUGGAGUCCAGUCCACAGUGAUAAUCUAACAUUCAAUAAUAGUUCAUUGUUCACUGUAGAACCACAUGCUGCAUCAUGAGACGUUCUCCCCGCGGCUUCAAAAUCCAUGUCUGCUGCAAUGAGCUCAAUAAUCCACUGUUUAUCUGUCCUCCUUCUUCUUCCUCCUCCAUGAUCCUCUUCCUUGCUGCUCUGCUCCUCCUCCCUUUGUCACUCACCUUUGUGCUCGUUAUUACUUUUUCUUCACUCCUUUCCCUCUCCUAAAGUAAUUCUCAAUUUUAUUUUCAUUCCAUGACUGAAAUCUAGAGAGAUAAUUUUGUGAAGCUCACUCUCUCCCAUCCUUCUGCCUUUUUUAAUCCUCCCUUCGCUUUAUCUCCCGCACUAUUUCCUCUCUUUCUACCAGCUCUCUAUCAGUCUCUUAGUUGCUUCAUUCCUCAGUAUCUUCUCCCUAACGGCUCUUAUCUCCCUCCAUCCUCCCUCCUUUUCUUGCUACUCAUUCUCUCUCAUUAUCUCUCACCCUGCCUCCCUCUUUUCCUCCCUCCUCUCUCUCUCUCUUAAGACUCUCAGUGUCUCUCACUUGCACACCACAUCAACAACUACCAUCCAGCAGCCCCAGACCGAGGAUGUUUACUUCAUACUUUUAUCGUACGGUGGCCUAAUGACGCUUAAUUGCUUCAUUUGCUUAACGAGCUUGGGGCCGGGGGCCAACGCAGCACCACUCGAUCCAACCUGCCAGCACCAGACUGGAACUGGAGCAAAGCGUUAGAUCAGAGGGCAGUAGAGACGGGAUUGGUCAACGUGAGUCUUUUCGAUGGAGUUUUGUUGGAACAGAGAAGCAGAUGAAAAACGAAAAUGCAGGGCCUGAGUCCUUUUGUGUAAUUUGUGUUAGUUUUCAGUAGAAAUAGAGAAGAUACAGGUAGGAGAGGAAAGGAAGGUUCUUAGGUUAGAGGUUAAAAAAACAACACAUACAGGAAAAGUUUUGAAAAGAUAUGGCAGAAGAAGAUGGCUGAAGAUCCAAGUGGUGACCUUGGGUAGAGCAAAAUACUUUCAAACAGAAACAUAGAUUUCAGUAAGUAGCAAGUGCUUUUGGAAGUUUUCAGUACAGGAAAGGAUGUAAGGGAGUGGUUGGGGAGGGUAGAGUUUGAAAACAGAUUUUCUUGAAGCUUUCUAGAAGGAAACGCGCCAAACAGCGAUAAAGACUGAAGAGUAGUCAGUGUGAAGCGCAAAGAGGGUGUUGAGACUGAACCUUCUAUGACUUACUAAGAGAAGACAAAACAACUCGAGAAGUAAACUAAAGCAGAGCUGAAAGCAGUAGAAAGAAACUUUGAUAAAGUGGACUUUGGAUCGAGGCCAUGGAGCUGUUGGAGGUGUUCUAUCGCAGGAAGCUCCGUAAGAAACAGAAGAAAGCGGAGCUGGGCCGGUCAGAAGGGGCACUGUGUCGGUCGCCAUCCGAGGCCAGCGUCAACAGCCUGGCAACCGGUCUCAUCUCCAAAGUCCUCAGGUUCACCUCCAGACGCAGUGAGACGGCAUCUCGUCCUCACUCAUGGCACUCAACAAAGCUCGGUGAGGUUCAGCAGGAGUCAAACAAAGGAAGGAUGGACACAGUGAGCAGUGCCUGGCACCCCAGCUACCACGCCAGCGCCUCGACCACUGACCUCUCAGGCGGGUUUGACUCUGGCGGCAGCUACCUUAGGAAAAGUCCAGACCAGUACAGCUCUAGGGGUAGUAUGGAGAGCCUGGAUCCUCCUCAGUCCUCCCACCUUCACCACGGAGCCCAGCAACACCACUCACUGGGCCACCACGCCCACAGCGGACCUCACCCCGCCUACUCCUCCUGCCAUCAGCUGUCCUCUGCCAGGUCCUCCAACAGCAUUGACCACCUCCACAGCAAACGAGACUCCGCCUACUCCUCCUUCUCCACCAGCUCCAGUAUCCCAGAGUACCUUGCCUCCGCCCCCUCCUUCAGCCCUGAGCGCUCCUAUUCGCUGGAGACCGUCCCUCAGAGAGGAGGAGGAAGUGGAGAGAUGCAGCAGGCCGACAUACGUUACAUUCGGACUGUUUACGACACCCAGCAGGGACUCUCUCAAGAGCACGAACUGAGCUCCACCUCUGCCGCGUUGCUACGCAACAACGAUUCCAGGGGUGCGAGGGGAGGGCAAAGCCGAGAUCUGCAAGGUUCAGUGAGUGGAGUCUGUUACCGGGGCAGCAGCAGCAGUAGUGGCAGCAGCAGUGGUGGCGUACCGGCUUCAAACAGACACAGUGUGGGUCCAAUAUGGGGCCCGGCAAACAGUCGCAGCUCUUACGAGAGCCUGAAGGGAGCCCCAGCUCCACCUAGGCGCAGUGACAGCUACGCAGCCAUCAGGAACCAUGAGAGACCAAACUCCUGGUCCAGUCUUGAGCACGCCCGGUCACUACGGUCUCUGCAGAAAGGUUCCUGGCAUCACUCCAGUGGCCCUGUGGCCUCAGGCUCAGCUAAAGGCUCGUACGGCACCGAGGGUCAGCUUCACACAGUGAUAGAGAAGAGCCCGGAGAGCAGCCCCACUACAAAGCCCCGACAGGGCGGAGGCUUUCCCCAGCCCCCUUCGCCACCUGGACCUUCCUCCAGCCCUGCCCCCCAGUCUGGACGCCUCAUUCUGCCCACGGGUGUGUACCCUGUCCCCCAACCUGAGCCCCACUACGCACAGAUGCCCAGCUCCAGCCCCGUGCCAUCCUCCUCUGGAGUCUACCCUGCUCUGGCCAAGGAGAGCAGCCGACAGCAGCAGCAGGGGCUGCAAGGUGUUGGAGGGUGGGAUGAAGAAGCCACAGAAGGGUGGAGGGAUAUAAGGAUGUCAACCACAGAAAACGGAUACCAAAAUAACAUUUGUUCUUCACCUUACCCCCACUCAGCUUCUUCAGCACAUGCUUCUGCACAGCUCAGGACUCAAGCACACGAGAUAGACAGACCCCACCUGAAAGCUGCUGGAGGAGGAUCAGAGAGCCAGGCAGGGGCCCAAAGGCCUCAAAGCCACCAGGGGCCUCACCGUCAGAGCCCCCAGAGGGCCCAUAUUCAUUCAAAUCAGGGACCCCACAGCCAAAUGUUCCAGGAACAGAACCAAGAUUUCCACAGUCACCAAAUCCAGUCGACCUCUGGCCACAGGCCCCCAUCCUCACAAGAGUGGAGGGACCCCUACACACCUGACCAAUCCAGGAGAGACAAAAGCAGAUCAGUGGAUCAGCCCAGUAUUCAUAGAGAGUCAGUGACAUCAUCCAGGGUCGCCCAGGGACAGGUGCCACCUACCCAUUUACCUGGUUACUCACAGCCUCAGGCUCUGCUCUCCUCUGCCUCCCAGUCUUCUCCCCGUCACCACAACGACUCAGCAGCUCUGCAGCACCAGCACUGGGACCAGAGAGAGCAGGACAAAGACAGAGAACAUCCGCUGACCCGUCUGGAGAUUGCCCUCGCAGAGGUCCAACGAUGUGCCAGCCCUGAAAGUGUUGCCUCUGGCAGUGGCCAUAGUAACAGUAGUUUCAGUGAAGGCAACCAGGGACCUGCCCGCAACCUCUCUGUCCUGGAGAAGGUCAGUCGGUUUGAGCGUCGUGAACGCGCCGGAAAGCAGCACAGUCACAGCAACAGCCAUGGGCACAACAAGGCCACUCAUCACCGGAAUCAGAUGACUGAGAAAGGCCGCACUGCCCCCUGUGGAGCAGAGGACCUCAGAAACAUGCUGGAGAGAAGCACCAACGGGCCCAAAGCCCAUAGAACUCUGAGCUACAGAGGAGGCAGCAAUGACUACAUGAAAUACAGGACCCCUGCAGAUCCCAGCUCAGCCCUCCAGAGGAGCCGCAGUAGCUUCCAGCUGGAUGAAUCCAGGGAAGGAGACAGGAGCAAGGACUUUCCCUGGAGACAGGAUAUCCAGGAGAUGCUGGGUUCAAUGCAGGACACCUCCUUCAACAGGUCAGAGUCCUUCAACAGGUCAGAGUCCUUCAACAAGACAGAGUCCUUUAACAGGUCAGAGUCCUUCAUCAAGUCAGAGUCCUUCAACAGGUCAGAGUCCUUCAACAGGUCAGAGUCCCUCAACAGGUCAGAGUCCCUCAACAGGUCAGAGUCCUUCAACAGGUCAGAGUCCUUUAACAGGUCAGAGUCCUUCAACAAGACAGAGUCCUUUAACAGGUCAGAGUCCUUCAUCAAGUCAGAGUCCUUCAACAGGUCAGAGUCCUUCAACAGGUCAGAGUCCCUCAACAGGUCAGAGUCCCUCAACAGGUCAGAGUCCUUCAACAGGUCAGAGUCCUUUAACAGGUCAGAGUCCUUCAGCAGGUCAUGGUCAUUCAGCAGAACUUACAGGGACUCCUUGAAAGAUGCCCAAUCUAAGGUCCUGCGGUCCACCUCCUUCAGACGAAAAGACCUCAACUCCUCAAUCAGCCCUCCACCUCUUGCAGCCUCUCCUCCCGCCUCCUCCUCCUCCAGCAGCCAUCAACCUCCGCCCAUCCCCACCAAGCACCACUCCUUGGAGAAGAAAGGCCCAAAAACCAUGCCGAAACCACAGGGUGUUGUUAUCACACCACAGUCUCCAACACUAGUCACUUCCCCUCACACCCCAAAAGAGCGGCAUGUAGUUGGCCCGGAGUUUCGAGGCCCAAGCCCCCCGGCCCUCCCCAGCAUCCCGCCAGUUGGACCUCCUGCUCUGAUGCGGAUCUGUGGCCGGAAGCGUCUGACUGCAGACCAGAAGAAACGCUCAUACUCGGAGCCAGAGAACAUGAACGAGGUCGGGGUUUCGGAUGCUGAGACUACUGCCCUCUUCAGGCGCGGAGGAGAGACCAGUGUGGCAGACCGCCGGAAGAUGUUUGAACUUGUGGCAAAUCGUAUGGCGGCUUCACAGAACGCCACAUCAAGGCCCGACCUACGGCAGCUUCAGCACGAUGCUCUGGCUGAGUACGUGGAGAGGAAGAGAGGUGUGAAGAGAGACGACGGAGGACAGAGGAGUGGGCUGAGGCCUCGCAGUGCUUAUGUACAGCCUGAAAACAACAACCAUACAGUCUCCUACUGUCACUCAGACACCCUCAGCCUCUCCUCCACCUCCAGCCUUCUCUCCCUUCAGGACUCUGGCCCAGAUCGGAGCUUCUCCUCUGUGGAGAGGCGUCAGUGCUCCACCCUCCCUCCUGGAGGUGACCUACGGAACCACCAGUCUAACCUAUUCUACCCAGGCAGGGUGACUACUCCGAGGCCUCCGGCACACCCACAGCCCAGUGCUCCUUCUGGCUCAACAUUUGAACUCCAGCCCCACUUCUCCAGCACCCAGCUCCUCCAGGAUCUCACCCCUGAAGCAGAGCUCAGCAGACAGAGUCAGUCUUUGAGCAGAGAUUCAGGCCUGGGCCACCAGCAGCACGGCGGAGUGUCCAAGCAGCACAAUGUGGCUCUGCAGAGGGUCGGGUCAGUUCGGGGCUCAGGGAAGUCAGCCUCUGCUGAGGAUCUUUUGGAGCGAUCAGAGGAGAGACCUACAACUCCUCAUCACUACCGCUCCCGCUCCUCCCCCACAGUGGAGAGACUGAACCAGGACUUCCCCCCAGGUGACGUCAGGAUGUUUGGUGUCUUCGUCUCUGAACCUGGACGCCAUUCUGUGGCUGAGGACAGACCUGCAGACCUCCAGGUAUCAGGGGGCCUUGUCUCCCCUCAACCAUCCCAGAACAGUCCGAACACCGUCCAGCCUGAAGGACCUUCUCAAAACCCAGCCUCCUCCCACACUCCUGUCACUCGUAGGGAGCGUCAGAGGAACAGUGAGCGGCAGCGAGCCCACAGCACCUCCACUUUGGCAGCCUCUGUUGGUUUGCCCUGCCCUUUCUCCCCACCUGGGACUCAGGGCGGAAGUGGCGCCGAGUGGCACGCUAGCGGGAGGCUAAGCCAGGCCAACCUGGAUGCCAUCACUUUCCCAGGCCUCCCACAAACCAGCACAAAUGGUGACGCUGAUAGCAACAGUGAAAACCUGGUGACAGACAGACAGACAAAACAAUGUUUGAGUGACGCCAGCAUAUUAGAAGACACUGCAAAGGACAUGUAUAGAGGGAAAGCCCUCAGUUUUGAGAUGAAAGAAACGCAUUCUGCAGAAAACACCAAACUUUCAUCAGUGACUCAAACACCACCCGUGCCCCAUUUCCAGCUUGCAGAGUCAUCCAACAGGAAGAAUAGUGGGAGCGCCUUGUCGUCUCUAUCCUCCCAUGUGUCCGUCCACCAGCACCUGUCCUCGCUGCGAAUCUCAGAGUCUAGCCUCUUUGGCUCCAUGGACCAGCAGGAACCACUUGAAACCACUAAAGGACUAUCGCAGGAGGACUUUGACGAGGUCUUUCUCCAAAAUCCUGCCCCUCCAUCACCUCCUCUGCCAAUCAAAGAGACAAACAUCGUGGAGGACUUCCCUCCUCCUCCUUCUCCUCUCGAGUUGGACCAGAAUGCCCAAGAGCAGACCAUGGAAAGCCUCCUGCCUUCCCUGAAGCCACAGCCUUCCGCUACCAUGUCCAUCCCCACACCCUGUUUUUCUGGCUCGGACACCCAGGAGUCCGAGGACACCCUGGGGCUCGGGUACCAGCCCCUGCCCAAGAGGGAAAAGACAUCUGAGGAGCUGCGAGUGGAGGCAUUGGCCCGGCAGCUGUUGUUGCAGGACCGCUCUCUGGCACCCCUCCUGGACACAUGGGGGGGUAAAUCCACUCUAGAGCUUGUGGAGGAGAUCUUUCCAAACAGCAGAUUGGGUGGUAAAUUGCCAUGGCAACGCAGGGGCAGCAGCCAGUUGGAAGAAAGGGUCCAAGAUGGCAUCUGUGAUCCUGCUCAGAGCACAGCGACGGAUCAAGGAACGGAGAUCGAUCUGGACGAGGACGAGAAGGACCUCGACAGCAAGAAGGUUGAGCUGUGUGAGGCCCUGAAGUGCAGUGUGGCGGCUCUGCGAAAGGAGAAGGAGGCGCUGAGUGAGGAGCAGAGGCAACACCAGGCGCUGGGGGCGAGCAUCGACUCGCUGGUGCAGGAACACUGCAAGACCAACGAGAGGGAAAAGUUCAGCAUGUUCAUCGGAGAUCUGGAAAAGAUCGUGAACCUGCUGCUGUCUCUGUGCAGCCGACUGUCGAGGAUCGACAGAUCUCUGCUCGCUCUGGAGAGAGAAGAGCUGACACAAGAGGACAUAGCAGAGGAGAAGGAGUCCCUCAAUCACAAACGCUCUCAGCUUCUCCGUCAAACUGAAGACGCCCGGGAGCUGAAGGAGAACUUGGACCGGCGUCAGCGUGCGGUCCACGCCAUCCUGUCUGGCUACCUCACCAAACCACAGCUCCAGGACUACCGCCGCUUUGUCAGCACCAAACCCUCCCUUUUAAUUCACCAGCGGAACCUUGAUGACCUCAUACGGCAGGGGGAGGAGCAGCUGAUGCAGCUGGCUGAAAGCCUGCCACCAGAGCUGGCGGCGGCUCACGAUUGGUCUUCAUUCUCAUCAUUGAGCCCCUCCAGCUGCUCUUCUCCGUUUCCGUCGCUGCUUCUUCCCUCUCUGAUUCCAGCCCCCACCCACUCAGUCAGGUCCACCACUGUGACAUCACUGUGAUGUCACAGACAAGCUGCUGUUACAAGUGGCAGUACAGGACAGGAAAUAAAGACGAGCCGAUUGGCUCCCUAAAAACUCACUUGGAGCGUGAGUGAUGCUCUGAACUGAAGGAGCUUAACAUGAAGGAAGACUGGGCCUGAAGCAGGCUGCGUUCACACUGAAACUACUAUGCAGACUUCACACAUGAAGAAGAAAAAGCCUUUAUUGUGCCUCAUUCUAUUCACACCUGACUGUACGUUUCACCUGAGGAAUAAUCAAAACCUCAGCUCACCUCAGCAUUAACAACCAGCACUGUGUGUGGAGUCAAAGCGACUGUGGCCAACGUUUCUAAUUAUCCUUUGCUCUGAAAAGUGAUUUUUAAGGUCCUCCAGGUGUUUUCAGGUUGGAAGUUCCCAAGAAAGUUCAUUGUCAAAUAGCUGAAAGGACAAUUCCAGGAUUACGGAUCAUUUCCUGUAUUUUCUUAAUGUUUUCCAGCUCUUAUCAUGUUAAGAAAUACUUGAUAUUUUCAGUGUCCUCUCAGUAAAGACAAGAUCUGUAAAGUUGGAAAUGUUAAUCUCAGCUUUAAUUUCUGUUCAAUUUGCUAGAUAGAUUCUAAACACUGUAGAGCUGAAUAAAAUUGGCUUUACUCCCGGUGCAGGCAGGUUAGAAAGGACCAAGAAUUUAUAGUAAAAGGAUAAAAAAUGUUUUUUAAAAAGCUCCGAUCACACUGGAAUUGUCCUUUUACAAAGCAGACGGUGCUUUCAGGAACCUCAAACAUUCACAUGUUCCUCCAAGACGUUUUAUUUCUAAUGAAAAGACAAAGUGAGCAGGUGUGUUGUCUCCCAAAGACAAUUAAUAUACCAGUAUUUAAAAUAUUUUCAUCAAUUAUUUUCACAAGACAUGCUCAGCUUUCACACAUGUACAGUUCACUUACUAAAAUAAAUGACCACCAAAAUUGGAGGGACAAUGUUUUUAUUUCACUACAGCGAAAAGAAUCAAAAGUCAGAAUCAUCUGAAGCUGAGUGCACAGAACCUGAAGGGUUGAGAAAAUGUUAUCAUCACUGUCGUAUCAUACUGUAACACUACUACUGCUGUCUGUAUGUCUGGAGCUUGUAGCACUUUUAGCAAUUUGACUACUGUUUGCAGCAGAAUUUACACUGAAUGAUAAAACAAAGUUCUGCUUCUGCCUCUUUAACAGUUUCCUGUGAUGAAAUGUUUGAUGUCAGAAGGUCAGAUUCCAAAGAUUCUUACGGGAUGAAGUGUUUUCAUCAACUUGGUUUCAUUUUGGAUUUGAGGUUUUUUGUUCCUGUUGUUUAAAGGUUUAAGAUGAGAUUUUUGCAAGAGCCACAACUGCAAAUAAAUAUCACAAUUAAUAUGUCAGUAAUUUUUUAAUUAACAGAUUAGUUAUUAAGUUAAGAGAAUAACAAAAAAAUGUCACGAUUUACCAAACCCAAAGAUAUUUAAUUUAUAAAGAUAUGAAACAGCAAAGACGUCAAUCUUCACAUUUGAGAAACUUUUUUAAAAUUCAUAUUUAAUUUAAUUUAAACAAUUAUCCAAGCCUAGCAAAUUCUGAUCAAUGUCCUGUUGAUCAUGUACUUAAUUCAACCGACGAGCUGUUUUAUUGUGGUUAAAUGUCUCACUUAGUUUGGGUGCAGAUUAAGUUUUAUAAGUCUCGAAAAACGUCCAAGCUGCCUCACACAUUCAUUUUUGAUCCAAACUGGACUGUGAUGGUUGUAAACAGCUGCUCAAAACAUCAUUCUGACUGAUUAGUCAUAAAACAAUCAGAGCCACAUGGAAACUUUAUUUGAAACCUACGACAGACGAAGGAUAAAAGACACAUUUUAGUUUUAUUUAAAUGAUCCUCCUUGUGUAUUCUUGUGAAACAAAACUUUUCAUUUUAUAGACACAGAAAGUCUCCGUUAAGUCCAGUUCUGAUCAAACUGUCAGAGAAAUGAAGCCUGCAUGUUUGUUACAUUGAGAGAAAUCAAACACUGCUUUUAUAAAAACUCACCUGCCUAUUGUAUCUGUUUUAGACAAAUACUAAGCACCUAGAAUUCUUGAUUUAAUCUCUGCCUGGAGCUUUUGUUCAGUAAAAGAACCAGCACUCUGUCAGCUCUGCCUGUCAUUGUUUCAGUUACUGAUAUCAGUUGAAGACCCACAUGUGCUUAUGUGAUUAUUCCUCUGAUGUUUGAUUUACUCCUGAUCAAAAGUUAUGAUUCCUGUGGAAACAUGAUGUUUAAAACCAACACAAGAUGAAGGCUAAAACACAUUUUAAAGGGGUGCUCCAGUGAUUUAGUAUUGCAGUUUCAUACAGUUGGAGGGCUUGAGAGAAACAGAUUUAAAAAAGAAAGGUCAAAAUCGGUGCAGCAGAGGCAGAGAUAUCCUGACUUUUAGUCUCUAGAAUGAGUCAAACUCCCAAAACUCUGGAUCCUACACUUCCCAUAAUGCAACUUGAUAACAUCUUUCAUUAGACCCUUUUGGCCUUUAGCCCACAUCUUUUAAACCCCACACCUCUAGUUGGUAACAAAGACAUUUGGUUAAAAAUGUAAAGUCUCAAUCAUAGAUAACCUUGAUGACAUCACUAUGACAUCAUCAGGGUUAUUUUCUCAGGCUUACCUCACAGCACACGUUAUACAGCUGUCUUCAGAGGCUGAGUAGGAGUCCUCAAUAAGAGUAAACUAAAAGUUGUGUAAAAUCAGUGGAGUGCCCCUUUCCCAUAUUCCCUUAUUUCAAUUGUCCUCCUCAUGAAUUAUUAAUUACUGUCAUAGAAAGUUAACAUUAACAAAAAAUAUUUGCUAGUGCAAACACAAGUAUUUAUCUCCAGAUCAUAAAUGUUGCCAAGUAAUACUCAAAGAUGAGGUGGAGGGAAAGAUAAAACUCUCAACAGUCAAGAAAAUACAAACAUUUAAAAUGUUGCACCACCUUGUUCCUCCUUGUAUCAUUUCUCACGAUCACAACAUAAGUAUUAUGUUACAUCCUGUUUUUUUUCUUUUCUUUUCUUGGCAUUUUUACAUUAAUUUGAUAGAAAUGAAGAAAUACACUUUAUAAUUUACAUUUUUAUAACUUAUUUGGUGGUUUUAUUUGUUUGGGAGUUUUUUGUCCUUUUAUUCUCCCAUCAAAUGUCAGGUGGCUUUCAAACAGUUAAAAGUUAUAAUCAACCCAGAAGAAAACAUUUCAUUUUCUGUCUGAGUAUACUGUUGUCCUCUCUGGACUCCCGUAUUUGUCCACAGAACACAGUAAACACUUUUGAUCAAUUCUUCCAUCUGCCAGUGAAAGAUCAACUUUACAUUUGACUCACUUGUUUUUAUAAAUGUCAAAUGUCAUUUUACAAAUUUUUAUCAGUGUCACCAAUUUUCUUCCCUCUUAAUUUAUCUGGGGAGUCUAAAUAGUAUAAAGAGCAUCACAAGCAUCAUCAACAGAAUUAGUAUUUAUUGUUGAGGCAGCAGUGUGUGGAAUCUAAAAUACAGAGGAGGUUUUCAAAAAGUUGAAGUACUGAUCAGUGGAGGUUUUGUUCCUAGUUUUCACUCUGAACUGUUUAUUGAUGGACAAUGUUUUAUUCUGCACCUACGAGUUUUACUUUUCUGUUUUAGUUUUGAGAGCACCUUUCAGCUAUUCUCAAUCUGUCGUAUUCUCCAAACAUUACAGCAGUUUGUGUGUUUUGUUCUCGUUAGGCACAGCAGAAUAUCUCAGAUGUAUUUUGACGGUUGACUUUGUGAAAGGAUGAUUGGAAAACAGCUCCUGUUUUUUACUAAAUAAAUGUAUUUUGUAAAUGCU